AUGCAGGCGGCUAAGAUGGCCCCGGGAGUGGGACGGCAGCUGCUGCGCUUCGGGGGCAGCAGCUCGCGACCCAGUGUGUUCCUGGGGCAAGCCCAACCCAGCCGGAUCCGACGGGCCUAUGUCACUGGAGCCGCACAGGAAUCUAAGUCCUUUGCUGUGGGAAUGUUUAAGGGCCAGCUCACCACACACCAGGUGUUCCCAUACCCAUCUGUGCUCAACGAGGAGCAGACACAGUAUCUCAAAGAGCUGGUGGACCCUGUGUCCCGUUUCUUUGAGGAAGUGAAUGAUCCUGCCAAGAACGAAGCUUUGGAGCAGGUGGAGGAAAACACCUUGAAGGGCCUCAAGGAGCUGGGGGCCUUUGGUCUACAAGUGCCCAGUGAACUGGGUGGUGUGGGCCUCUGCAACACCCAGUAUGCCCGCUUGGUGGAGAUCGUGGGCAUGCAUGACCUUGGAGUGGGCAUCACCCUGGGGGCCCAUCAGAGCAUCGGUUUCAAAGGCAUUCUACUUUUUGGCACAAAGGCCCAGAAAGAAAAAUACCUUCCCAAGCUGGCAUCUGGGGAGACUGUCGCGGCUUUCUGUCUAACUGAGCCCUCCAGUGGGUCAGAUGCAGCAUCCAUCCGAAGCUCAGCUGUGCCCAGCCCUUGUGGAAAAUAUUAUACCCUCAAUGGAAGCAAGAUCUGGAUCAGUAACGGGGGCCUGGCAGAAAUCUUUACAGUCUUUGCCAAAACACCAGUUAAAGAUGCAUCCACCGGCUCCACAAAAGAGAAGAUCACAGCUUUUGUGGUGGAAAGAAGCUUUGGGGGUGUUACCCAUGGGCCCCCUGAGAAGAAGAUGGGCAUCAAGGCCUCCAACACAGCAGAGGUGUAUUUUGAUGGGGUACGCGUACCAUCAGAGAACGUGCUGGGUGAAGUGGGAGGCGGCUUCAAGGUUGCCAUGCACAUUCUCAACAAUGGACGGUUUGGCAUGGCUGCAGCGCUUGCCGGCACCAUGAAGAGCAUCAUUGCUAAAGCGGUUGAUCAUGCUGCUAACCGUACCCAGUUUGGCGAGAAAAUUCACAGCUUUGGGCUGAUCCAGGAGAAGCUGGCCCGGAUGGCUAUGCUGCAGUAUGUGACUGAGUCCAUGGCUUACAUGGUGAGUGCCAACAUGGACCAGGGAUCCAAGGACUUCCAGAUAGAGGCUGCCAUCAGCAAAAUCUUUGGCUCGGAGGCAGCCUGGAAGGUGACAGAUGAGUGCAUCCAAAUCAUGGGGGGCAUGGGCUUCAUGAAGGAACCUGGUGUGGAGCGUGUGCUUCGUGAUAUUCGCAUUUUCCGGAUCUUUGAGGGGACAAAUGACAUUCUCCGGCUGUUUGUGGCUCUGCAGGGCUGUAUGGACAAAGGAAAAGAACUCUCUGGGCUUGGCAAUGCUCUGAAGAACCCUUUUGGAAAUGCUGGCCUCCUGUUAGGAGAGGCCGGGAAACAGCUGAGGCGGCGGACAGGGCUGGGCAGUGGCCUGAGUCUCAGUGGAAUCAUCCACCCAGAAUUGAGUCGGAGCGGUGACUUGGCAGUGCAGGCUCUGGAGCAGUUUGCCACGGUGGUGGAGGCCAAGCUGAUAAAACAUAAGAAGGGGAUUGUCAAUGAGCAGUUUGUGCUGCAGCGCCUGGCAGACAGCGCCAUUGACCUCUACGCCAUGGUGGUGGUUCUCUCCAGGGCCUCAAGAUCCCUGAGUGAGGGCCACCCCACAGCCCAGCAUGAGAAAAUGCUCUGUGACAGCUGGUGUAUUGAGGCCGCAGCCCGGGUACGAGAGGGCAUGGCUGCCCUCCAGUCGGACCCCCAGCAGCAGGAACUCUUCCGAAACUUCAAAAGUAUCUCCCAGGCCAUGGUGGAGCAGGGUGGGGUGGUCACCAGCAACCCCCUUGGCUUCUAAAAGCACUCUCAACCAGGGUCUGGCCAACUUACAUGUGCCUUUUCGCAAACCAAAGCCCAGACCCCUUUCCCUCCUGACCCUGGUUCUGCCUUGAAGGGGUCUUCCUGCCCCCAGCACUGUGCCUGCUCUGAGGGAGCACUAACUGCCUCAGAAAUAAUAAAGUUUCUGACAAGUCAAAC